UGAAUUCCAGGAUAGGCACCAAAACCACACAGAGAAACCCUGUCUUGAAGAAAGCAAAGAAAACAAACAAAACAUCAAGAAGAAACCUUCUUGCUUGUUGCAGAGAUGCAGUGGGGAUAGCUGUAAAGGAAAGCUGUAAUGCUUCCAGGGAGAGGAAGAUUUGAAUCAGGGCUGCCUGACCCCAAGCUUUCUCACUGUAUCAGUGACUCUCACCUUCCACUGAGCCCCACACCAGCUGUUCUCCCACCAGCCAGCCUUUCACUUACUUGCCAGACCUUCUCUACCCUCUGUGAUGCAAUUCUGUUCUUGGCAUCCGGGACUGGGUGGACCUACAAGAGAAGCAUGUCUGGUUUUGAAACUGCAGAGAACUCAGAUGAUUCAUGAAGGCAGAUGAAGACGAUGUUGUCCUUGGAACCCAGAGCCCUAGUCCUAGUCCAGCUGUCACUAAAGUGCCUGCUCCUGGAGGAGUUGUUGGGCACCUGUGCAGAUCUCUGAUGCUGCUGCUGGUGUAAUGCUGUGCGUGAGUCGUCUCCCCCACCCUCGUCCCAAUAAGACCACCAAGGAGCCGAUUUCCGAUGAACCCAUACUCUGCACUAUAACCUCAUGGCCUUGUCUCUGGAGGGGACAAGGAAGUUCGAAUUCAGGGCCCAGGGAUACAUUGACAAUGAGCCCUUCCUGCGCUAUGAAGGCUACAGGAGAAGAGCAGAGCUCUGGGGGCCUAGGAUCAAGGGAAAAGGAGGAGCUGAGAUCUGGACAAGAGAGACUGAGGACAUGCAGGAGAAGGAGGAGCAACUCAGGAGGAUGCUGACUGAGGUCAUGACCCAGAAGGGCCAGCAUGGAGGCAUUCAUACCCUUCAGGCAACUUUCGGCUGUGAAACCCAAGGAAGCAACACUGGAGGCUUCUGGCGCUUGGGCUAUGAUGGGCAAGACUUCCUCACCUUUGACCAGAAGAGCCAAAUGUGGAAAGUAUCUGUGCCUUCAACUCACUCAACCAAGACAUUCUGGGAGAGGCAUGGCCCCAGUGUGGAUCAAGUUAAGACUUUUCUGAAUGACACAUGUCCUGACCGUCUCCAGAGAUACUCGAUUUAUUUGGGGAACCAAUUGAUGGUUACAGGUCCUCCGAUGGUAACAGUGUCCAGAAGGCCAUACCCAGUGGGCAGGAUCACCCUGACAUGCUGGGCUUUUAAUCUGUAUACUCCUGUGGCCACCUUGACCUGGCUUCAGGAUGGGAGACCAGUACAGCAGCAUUCAUUUGGGCCUGGGACCAUCCUUCCCAGUGGAAAUGGGACCUUCCAGACCUGGGUGUCUAUUUGGGUUCUUCCUGGACAGGAACCACACUUCACCUGCCGCCUUAGGCACCGCAACAAGAACAUUGAUGUCCCUGCUGCCCUUGGACCUCAAGCUAGGAAUAGUGGUGGGGCCACCAGCUCUGCUUCUGCUCUUGUGGCUUCUGCUUUUCCUGCCAUGUUGGUAUUUCUAGCCUGCGCCUAGAGCAGCAAGGACACACAGGACAGCAAGAGACCAGGUUACCCCAUUGGGUGAACAUUUCCCAGUUUGCAGUGAGAGUCUGGUGACCUGGUUUGAGAGUGGAAUUCAACUAACAUUUCUGCAGUACUCACUGCUAUAACUUCUACAGCUGCUUCCACCGUGGCCCUGACGGUGCACACUGCCCAUUCUGUUGAUCAGCUUGCUUUAAUACUUCUGUGGCUUUGCCAACACAAGAAUGUAUAGACACAAACAUAAGAGCUUCAUUACACACUUUAGAAGCUAUGGUAAUUGCACCUAGGAGAUACAGUACAAGCAAUAUCAUGGUGGCACACACCUUUAAUCCCAGGAUUUGAGAUCUUAUGUCUUGCUUGGGAAAGACACAUGCCUUUAAUCCCAGGAAGUGAUGGCAGGAAGCAGAAAGGUAUAAAAGGCGUGAA